CAGUAUAAAAGUCCUCCUCACAUCGUCAGAGCAGCACUACUGCUGCUAUGGCUCAGUUCAACUCAACUUAUGUGUCCGUCGGCAUCCUGGGUAUUUUAGGAGGCUCUCUCCUGCUGCUGGUGAACAGCUAUGCCAGCACUCCUGAGAAAGACUUCAUCCCCCACACUGCGCUGGGGAUUUUACUCCUCAUCAUUGCUGCCCUGAUAGCUUACACAGGUGUCCGUCACAGUCUGUCCCACUCCCGACUGUUUUCCACUCUGUGUCUGACCAUCUCUGCGCUGUGGUGUGGGUCGGGUCUGGUCUACAUCCUGAUAGGACAGAGAGUGUUGCCACUCACAGAGCUAAAAUCCUCUCUGAUUCCUGGCCUGGCAGCAUUUACCUUAGCCCUGUUCAUCAUUGGCAUCGCAGCCCUCUUUGUGAAGAAACCAGUUCUCCUGGUCAUAGCUAUCAGCAUUUCCUUAGCCUGUGCCCAUCAAAUCGCUGGUCUGUCAGAUUCAGACUUCGGUCAGUCUGCCACAGCUGCAAACUACCUCCUUGUUUGUCUUGUGUGUGCCUAUUUUGGCUUUGGGCGUUUGCUGUACACCAUCACACAGGGCAAAGUGAAACCUCCAGGAACAAUCAUGAAACAGAAAAAUGAACUGAAAACAGAGCAGAACCAGAGCUGCAGUGCUGUAAUUAGUGUAGGUUUGGUGAUGAACUUGUUAUCUGCCUCUGUAUUAGCCUGUCCCCUGGUAGGCGUGGUCCCCCAACUCUCUGUUGGCCAUGUCCCCUGGCUCUGGACAGCUGGAGUCUUCCAGCUUGGCAUGUGUGUCCUCUUUUACCGAGCAAUGGACACAUUAGCUGCGACUUUCUAUGGUUUUACAUCUUUGCUCAAAUUUGCUGAGGGUUACAGCGCUCUGUUAUCUUUGUACUCCAUUCAGCCAUUCUCCCCGGUUCCCUUCCCUGUUGUCUUUGCCGUUCUUUUCUUUGUCCUCGCGCUGUUCAGCUGUCAGAAGAGCUUGUUGGAUGGCCUCUACCAGUUAUUCUUUGUAGCCUACUGUAUUUCCAUCGCAGCCCAACCUCAAGGCUUCUUCCAAGGUGGCACUCAGGGUGUACAAGGAGCUAUCUUUGUAGCUUCUGCUGGAGUGCUUUUUGUUACAACAGUCAACAUGGUCUCCAGCACCAAAAUUCCUACUGGGCAGGGACACUUCAAAGCUUUAGUAACCAGAAUCCGCAGUCUCACUCUCAGGGCUCUGGAUAAAGACCUGCAUACACCUCACCUUGGAUACUCCAAAUAUGCAGAUGCAGAAGUGCUGGGCCACGCCUGCAAUGUUCUGGCAGCUUUUGCCAUCACAGCCACCAUUGGGGACAGGAAUCCUCUGACUGUACUGGUUUUGCCCUGGGCAGUGAUGGCUGGUGGAGUGUUGCAGCUCCUGUGUGGUUCAGUGGCGUUUGCUCGGGGUAAAACUCUGGAGAGCACUGCUUUUAUUCUCUACGGGUUGAUGUGGACGGUGUGGGGGUUGACACGAUUUGGUGGUCUUUACAGUGAGACCAGAGGCUUCAGUGUCGCUGUUGGGAUUAUUGGUUUCAUGAUGUUUAACCUCCUGUUGACAAUUGCAGCAAUAUUUCUUAAUGUUGCCUGGUUUGUCUAUGCAUUCACCUUCCAGCUCAUCCUUAUCAGCUUCCUGCUGGAUGCAAUUGGUGCACUGCCCUAUGGUUAUGAUAUUGGCGUCACAAUCAUCUUUGGUCUUGUCAGUUUUUACUGUUUCUUGGCGCACAUUUUCAACAGCACCUUCCAGUCUCCUCAAAUCCCCUUAGGAAGACCUUUAGUCAAUCUGGGUGGGGUCGGAGGAGGGGAAGGGGUCUGUCCGCAUGUACCAGCUCGCAAAGCAGCAUCAGUUCAGCAGAUUGCAGAAAUCAUGAAAAAUGGAGGCAUAUGUGGAAUGCCAACUGACACUGUCUAUGUGCUGGUGGCUGCCUGCAACAGACCAGAUGCAGUUAUCAAAGCUUACAAAGUUAAGAAGCAGGCUGAGGACCGACCCAUGUCCAUGUGGAUCUCUUCUGUCAAGCAGCUGGAGCCUGUUAGACACCUGCUGAGUCCCCUGCUCCUGGACUUCAUGGAGUCUGCAUGGCCUUCCUCUAUCAGCAUGGUCAUCCCCAGAGGACCAUGGUUGGACAUAUUUGGUUUGGGAGAUGCUGCCAAACACAUCGGGACUCCACAAAGCAUUGCCAUCAGGAGCCCAGACUGUGCAGUAGCUACACAUCUGAUUAAUUUGGUGGGCCCAAUUGCAGUAACCUCAGCCAAUCCAACAGGCGAGGCAGAUACAACUCACCAUAACCAAGUUUAUGCCAAACUGGGAAAAAAGGUUGAAGGAGUGUUGUGUGAUGGCCCCUCCCCAGAGAACAUUGCAUCUACUGUGGUUGACUGCACCAAGAUUGAAACUGGACAAAUUGGUUUCUUCAGAGUGGGCCUCAUUCCAAAAUCAAAGGUUCUCCAAAUAUUUGAAGAGGUUCGAAAUCGGCACAGACAAGGGCAUACCAAUCCAGGAUUUGAAUAUGAUGUACCCCUUUAAGACAUGCAAAGAGAUCAAAGUCUAACCUACACAACAGUGUCAAAAAGAGGACCAGGAAACUUAAAAGCAUAGUUAUACAACCACAGAGUCAAGAAGUCAGGAAAUGCCUCAUAAUAGCCCCUAUUAGUGCUGCUUAUAAUGGUGGCUAGUGAUCAAGAGUCUGAUAAAUAGAAAUAGCUGCUAAAUUACCUAAAGAAAUGUUGUACAGUGUCUAAUGAUGUAUAAUAUUAACAGGCAACAUAAGCAAUUUUUUUUUGUACUGAAUGUAAGUUUUUAUGCUUUUUAUGACUUUUUUAUCUCUGUUUGUGUGUUGUGAUGUAUAGAUAAAAUGUCUGUGUUAUAUUAUAUAUAUAUACAUAUAUUUAUAUAAUUCAGGUUUUAUAGCUUCAAAGUAUACAUAUCAUGUGCUUUAUUUAGUUGUUGUCCAUUGUUCAUUGUCCAAACAUUUUUGUAUGCUAUGAAAUAUGCCUCAUUGAAUUCAUAGCUGCUAAAAUAACUGCAAAGAAAUUAAGCAAAAAAAGAAAAAACACUGGUGCUCCCCAAUAAGCACAGUAGUAACACUGUAAAUGCAUGUAAUAACACUUUUUAUGUUUGAGGGAGUGAUCAUUUAAUGUUUCAGUAAAUGAUCAUGUAAUGUUUGAGUGAUCAUUUACUGUAACUCAUUUUUAAGAAUUCAUUUUGUACCAUAUUUCCAUUUAAAACAUUUAAAAGCCAAUAGUUAGCAGUUGGUAUAUCUAAACUAGAUAUACCAACUACAUUGUCUACAUUUGCAUAAAUGUAGACAAAAUAUCACAUUCUUCAUGAUUAUAGCUUUGAGCCACAAUAUAUCAGAUUAUUACAGAAAACCUUCACCCAGCUUCAGAUUAUCAGGUGCUUGAGGACAUAACCAGGACCGUAAAUUAAAUCUGUUGUCUAAUUUCCAUCACCAUACAAUAUUACAUGAGAAAAGACAGAAAGAGAUAAAAUUUUUGGGAUAAGCAAAAAAGUUUUAUUCCUGUAAAAAUAGCAUUUAGUUCAAACCCUUAGACAAAAAAACAGCUGCAAUGUCAUGUAAUAUGAGAAGGUUGUAUUAUAUAUCAGGGGCAGACUGGGUAGUCGGUCUGUGUGUGUGUAUCAUGUGGCCAGUAUAAUUUAAGUAUCUAACUGUAAAACUAAUAUCUGAGCUUUUGGCCCUCUGGCUGUCUAUUGUCUGGCCUGGGUCAUUGUUUCCCAUAUUCUAUGCAAGAAUUCCCAAUUGUCCUUGAAUAGAAUAUGGAAGAAUAAUUCAGUAUUCUAUGGAAUUAUUGUUCUUCCAUAAAACAUGGAAGAACAAUAAUUCUUUUUUAUUCUAAGCAGGGUUCACGUCAGCAUUCUCACCUCCUCACAGCAUAUUAUUGCGGUGUAAAUAAUAUGCAAGACCCAUAACAACAGAAACAUUUUGAAGUUAGAAGAAUAAAACAAUGCUAACCUCGCCAAAGCUGCAAUGAGCAAUAUCAUCCAUGUUUGGUGGAGAGAGCAGGCCUAGGACCAAUAAACAGAAAUUUUUACAGUUGUUGCUACAUUUUUCUGGAGGGCUUUCAUUUUUAUCUCUCAAUAUUUUAGCAGCAACUUUUGGUUUUGUAGUUUACUUUUGCAAAUAGUAAUGUUUACUAUUAUUUGCAAAUAAGCAAGUAAUAAUGUUGCUUAUAAUGUCAGUGAUUGACAGGUAAUGUUCCAAGAAGGAAUGAGAUGACAACAAAGCUGGCCCAAAUCAAAGCUAAACUUAUUAGCUGCUUAAGGCCCCCAGAACUAUAAAUGCUUGAGUUUUAGCCCAUGCUAGAAUCUAGAAUUUUAACAUUAAUUAAUUGAUAAUGACAAUGCACACAACAGCUCCUACCGAUAGUGCCAGCCCAUUAACUCACCGACCCACCAGGGAAUUCCCUGGUAGAAGUCCAAUCUGGUGAUAUACAGACAAAGAUGGGAUAAAGACAAUCUGAGCAGUUUUCAAAUGAUAAUCUCAUUCAAACCUUUGAGCAAUAACUGAUAAUGGGACUUUAACAUCACAAUUGGUGAGUUCAGGUCACUUCGUCUUAUUGUUAAAUCUUAAACUCUGACCAAAACUGUGCCAAUGAGGUCUCUGUUCUUGGAUGUUUCCUGGUUGAAUUGUCAUUGUGCUUUAGGAAUAAAUUUGGUUGACCCCUCUGGAAGGCUCAUCACUGCAGCACAUUUUGUAAAACUGAGCUCAGCUUUCCAAAAACAAAAUUUUUAAUCACAGUUAAUUUAUGAUUUAACAAGGAGGGGAAUUAUUUU